UUUGUUGUGCAGCCCUAACAUCGACAAUCGGCAUCGCACGUUUUCAACAAAAAUAAACAAUAAAACAUUUUUAAAUUAGAAUCAGGAAUAGUAAUAUAUUGCUGGCUGUGAGAUGUCGGAACUAGAUGCAGAUGCGAAGCCAAACAUUUUAAUCACCGGCACACCUGGAGCGGGCAAAUCGUAUUUGUGCGAGCGUUUGGCCGAACAAUUGAAUUUCGACUGGUUAGAUUGCUCAAAGAUUGCCAAGGAACAUGAUUACGUUGAGGAGCACGACGAAGAAUACGAUUGUCCCAUUCUCGAUGAAGAUAAGCUUAUGGACCACUUGGAACCGCUGAUGCAGAAGGGCGGCAAUAUCGUGGAGUAUCACGGCUGCGAUUUCUUUCCAGAGCGCUGGUUUCAAGCCGUCUUCGUCGUCACCUGCCCCAAUAAAACGCUCUACGAUCGUUUAAAGGAACGCAACUACAACGAGAAGAAACUCUCAUCGAAUAUUGAGUGUGAAAUCUUUGGCACCAUUCUGGAGGAAGCACGCGAGUCAUACAAGGCAGACAUUGUCCACGAACUCUGCGGCGAAACGGCAGCAGAUGCCGCUAAGAGUUUGAAAACGGUGAAACAAUGGUAUCGUAUGUGGAAGAGAAAAUAAACAUACUCUCAUGAGAAAAUGCUAAUCAUCUAAA